CUGGUCACUUUUUCGCUUAAGCUUACGCGCGUUGUCUUACUUAUAAAAUUGGUACUUGACGGACGGUGGUUAAAAAUGCACAGUAAAAUCUGUAAUGCUUUGUGCAAAAAGCUACAUUAAAAAAUGCACAUCAAAAACGAUGGCUUUUGCAAGAGCAAGUUGAUCAGCACGGUUCGAUCUCAAUUCGCGGAUCAGCUGUUGGCAAAGUACCCACACAAAAAACGGGCACAUAUGUAGUGCUUUUCAAGGGUUACGAUGAGUAAAGCGUGCUGUAGAUGUGGUGCUGCCCAACAAAACGCUGGCUCUCACUGCCUCAGAGGUGCUUUGAGCCACUGUUUUUGCUGCAAUAAGCCACCGCCGAUGAAGUGCCUCCAUUGUGGCGUCCUCCGAGACAUUCCGCUCGAUGCAAACCACGAAACUUGCGUCGACGAAAGUGCCCACUACUACAUAUACUCGGAACAGUGGCCACCGUUUCCGUCGACCGAAGCCGAAACUAUCUUUCACACCCAUUCAUCCCAACCAGUCGAAACCGGAGGACAUACUCUGUGCAUCACAGAUGCCAGGACUCUAGAGGAGGAACCAAUUGAAAUCGCAGACGAUCCGCAGGAAGCGACCGAAAACUACGCAGAGGACGACGAUGAAAGCGAAAGAAAGCCUUCUGUGAUUAGCUGGGUUACCACUAAAGAAAUCCGAGGUUGGAAACAGUGCCCGCGUUGUAAGAGACAUCGCACUACAAAUCUUGGCUGGGUCCAACAUGCCCAGAAAUGCGCCCAGGACCCCGCGUACAAGCGAACCAAGUUUUUUAUCUACACUCACACGAAGGGAUGGUGCAACUAUCUGGUUAAGAACUCCCAAUGGGACCGCCACAGUAAUCCAGUCGUUGGCGUUGGCCAGUGCACGACCUGCUCCGCAGCGCGUCGUGAGGGACUACCAAUGCCCUUCAUGCCUGAUCCACCACCCAGACCGAAUGAAGACUACUUGGCCAAGAUGAGGCGCCGGCGGGCUGCCCGAAACAGGAAGAUGGGGACAGAACGAUACAAAAGAACUAAUGCCCGCGUUCCUGGAAACAACGCACCACAAAUGUCGCCAGGAUCAAACAUGUGCAGAAAUGAUCACAGAACCUCACGUACCCAAACAAGUCCUCGUACUCCAACAACUUCACGUAUCCCAACUGCCCCAAAUGCUUUUUGUACAUCAACUGGAAGUGAUACGACUAUCUGGUUAGGCACGAACAUUGGGAGAGCCACAGCAAUGCGUUUAUUGUCCACCGAUGAAAGGGAUUAGCCAGAUUCUAUUGUGCGGGAUCCUCCAUUAAGGCAGCAUCAGGAAGGCGACUGCGCUAGAAGGCUUUAUAUUGCUAUAUGUAAGCUUUUUAUACUUUUAAGGGAUAAGGGUUUUUUCAUUUCCGCCAUUUUAUACACAAUGUGAUUGCUUUUAAUGCCAUAUAUGGAAUCAAAUGUUUACAACUCUGUGUGACUAAUAAUCCAUUUUCUAGUUUUAAACGAACCAUUGUUAUAUAAUAUCUUCCCCAAUCUUCCCUCUUUUCAUGAGUGGACUUUUGUCAAUACUAAGUCGUAAGGACAUUUAAACUUUGACUUGCUAAAUCAAAUUUUUGUAGAUUUUGUAUUUAACAUUUGUAUAUAAAAGAGCUAUUUUUUACAAAGUAUAUAAAUAUUAUCGUGA